GAUAUGAUGAUUAGAGUAUAACCCGAGUGACACGUUGAAUUCGCCAUAAUCAAGGAAACCUUUUCCGGGUGGGGAUCUCUGAAAUUACUCAGUGAGCAACCCUAAUUAACCUGAUUUUUUGCUGAUAAUCACUCUCAAUGGAAUCAAAUCACAAAUCCGGGGAUGGAUUGAGCGGCACCCAGAAGGAAGCAGCCCUCCGCGCACUGGUCCAGCGCACAGGAUAUAGCUUGGUCCAGGAAAAUGGACAAAGAAAAUACGGUGGCCCACCACCUGGUUGGGAUGCUGCACCCCCAGAAAGGGGCUGUGAAAUUUUUAUUGGAAAACUUCCCCGAGACCUUUUUGAGGAUGAACUUAUACCAUUAUGUGAAAAAAUCGGUAAAAUUUAUGAAAUGAGAAUGAUGAUGGAUUUUAAUGGCAACAAUAGAGGCUAUGCAUUUGUAACAUUCUCAAAUAAACUGGAAGCCAAGAAUGCAAUCAAGCAACUUAAUAAUUAUGAAAUUAGAAAUGGGCGUCUCUUAGGGGUCUGUGCCAGUGUGGAUAACUGCCGGUUGUUUGUCGGGGGAAUCCCAAAAACCAAAAAGAGAGAAGAAAUCUUAACAGAGAUGAAAAAGGUCACGGAAGGAGUUGUUGACGUCAUCGUCUACCCAAGCGCUGCAGAUAAAACCAAAAACCGGGGCUUUGCCUUCGUGGAGUAUGAGAGCCACCGGGCGGCAGCCAUGGCCAGGAGGAAACUGCUGCCAGGAAGAAUUCAGUUAUGGGGACAUCCUAUUGCAGUGGACUGGGCAGAGCCAGAAGUAGAAGUUGAUGAAGACACAAUGUCUUCAGUGAAAAUCCUAUACGUCAGAAACCUUAUGCUGUCUACCUCCGAAGAGAUGAUUGAAAAGGAAUUCAACAAUAUUAAACCAGGUGCUGUGGAGAGGGUGAAGAAAAUUCGAGACUAUGCUUUUGUGCACUUCAGUAACCGAGAAGAUGCAGUUGAGGCUAUGAAAGCUUUAAAUGGGAAGGUUCUGGAUGGGUCUCCCAUUGAAGUGACUCUAGCCAAACCAGUGGACAAGGACAGUUAUGUUAGGUACACCCGAGGCACAGGUGGAAGGGGCACCACACUGCAAGGAGAGUACACCUACUCUUUGGGCCAUGUUUAUGAUCCCACCACAACCUACCUUGGAGCUCCUGUCUUCUAUGCCCCCCAGGCCUACACAGCAAUUCCCAGUCUUCAUUUUCCAGCCACCAAAGGACAUCUCAGCAACAGGGCCAUUAUCCGAGCCCCUUCUGUUAGAGAAAUUUACAUGAAUGUACCUGUAGGGGCUGCGGGAGUGAGAGGACUGGGCGGCCGUGGCUAUUUGGCAUACACAGGCCUGGGUCGUGGAUACUCGGUCAAAGGAGAGAAGAGAGAAGACAAGCUCUAUGACAUCUUACCUGGGAUGGAGCUCACCCCAAUGAAUCCUGUCACUCUAAAACCCCAAGGAAUUAAACUUGCGCCCCAGAUAUUAGAAGAAAUUUGUCAGAAAAAUAACUGGGGACAGCCAGUGUACCAGCUGCAUUCUGCCAUUGGACAAGACCAAAGACAACUAUUCUUAUACAAAAUAACCAUUCCUGCUCUGGCCAGCCAGAAUCCUGCUAUCCACCCUUUCACGCCUCCGAAGCUAAGUGCCUACGUGGAUGAAGCAAAGACAUACGCAGCCGAAUACACCCUGCAGACGCUGGGCAUCCCCACAGAUGGAGGGGAUGCUGGGACUGCAGCUGCUGCUGCUGCUGCUGCUGCUACGGCUACGGCUUUCCCAGGAUACGCUGUCCCUAGUGCAACUGCACCUGUGUCUGCAGCCCAGCUCAAGCAAGCAGUAACCCUCGGACAAGACUUAACAGCAUACACAACCUAUGAGGUCUACCCUACUUUUGCAGUGACUGCCCGAGGGGAUGGAUAUGGAACCUUCUGAAGAUAUCUUUUUUUAAAUUUAAGAAUAAGACACACAAAACUCUAUAAAGAAGAAAUAAACUUCUAACUCAGUCCCCUAAUGAUCAUAAGUAAUAUCUUUCCUAAAGCAAUGCCUUUCCUAAGACUGUAUAGGUUACACUUAUUGUAGAAUUGUGAAAUGACAUCAAAUGUUAAGGAGCCUUUUGUUUAACAGAAAGCUGGAGAGCCAUUGCCCCCAGAAGUUGUUCUUCCAAUGUUCCUCAGUGUCCUGGGAGCAUGUUUACAAACGCUGACAGAGUGGAGAGAGAUCUUUUAGCCGGCAGGGGUUAGGGCUGAACAGACCUAAGUAGUCAGUAACAACAAAGGAAAACCAGGUAAACUCCAGAGUCUUAACUGUUAGCUCACAGCUGCUUUCGUGAUACACAAACACAGAGGCAAACGGAAGGUAGGAGGAUGCUUUGCAAAAUGGGUUCACCAUUGCCCACUGCAUGGGGCAUGAUCCCAAACCUGUGCUCCUGAAAGACAGUUCAAGGUUUGAUGAAGUCAGCCAGGCUGCAGUCUGAAAAUUCCAUCCAGUCAAUUUGUCAUAGAUGAGGAUCUUCCUGUCACCUGCAGUCCCUGGGAACUUCCUAGAAAUGGAUAUGAUGUGUGGCAGAUAUAGUUAAAACAAAUCCAGGCCCCGCUGUUUAUUUAACUCAUUAGCCCACCCCUAUAUUUUCCUAGAACUGUUGUCCUUACCAAUAAUGGUACCAAUAUGAAGCGAUUUUUUUCUCAUUUCAAAAACUUUUACUUGUCCACAUUGAUUCAUUUUAAUCUUAGACUCAUUUUGCUCAUCUCUUAUAUCAUAAAAAAAGUAAAUCAAAUCUACAGAAUAUCAUUUAUGAUACUUUCUCCUAUUCAGCAAAUUGGCUAAAAAAGUCAUUUCAAAGACAGAAGCCAAGCUUCGCUCUUAGUUCUUGAUCUUUUUGCAACAAUCUAGACCACCAUGCAGCAUUCAGAGUCAGUUCUGUUAAGAAAUUCUGUACCUUCCCUUCCUUUUUCUUUCAGUCAGUAUCAGGCAGCAUUACCCUACCUGAGUCCUUUUGUCUUAAAGUUGUCACUGGAAAACCUUAUAGCCAUCACUGCUGAUUAGAAACUGUUUCUUCAGACAAUCAGCAAGGGUGUUAUUAUAUUUACCAAAAUCCCCUAGUCUUGGGCCUCUUCUCCAGGAACAUCUUCUCCAGGAACUAACAAACCUGGAAUGGAGGUACUACUUUCUUGCCAUACUCGCAAAUGAUUGCUUUGCUCAAAACAGAGACAGUCAAAGUCCAACACCAAAUACCUAUUACUACUACUCUAGUCUCAUUAGUGAUUAAGGCAUACCAUACUAUCAUUUCCAUUUUUAAAAAUCCCUUGGCACUUACAAAAUUCUAUAGAACUCAGGGGAAAACAUAAACAUAAAGGUACAGAAAAUUUUGUCAACUCCUUAAUGUAAUCCUUUGAUACAAAAUCACGCCAGAUUCCAAUCAAAACCAGGUAAAUUUCAAUCACAAUUAAAAAUACUUGUAACCUUUCAGUUCUGUUCACUCCAGUCAGGUAUCAAGGGCUUCAAAGCUACAGCUGAGACUCUCAAGGGCCUCUGCUUUCUGUUUUACAUUUAGUUUCUGGUAUUCCCUGGGGCAGUGAUUUUCAAACUUGGCUGCACAUUAGAAACACCUGGAGAGCUUUUAAAAAUGCUAAUGCCAAGAUCACAGCUCAUACCACUCAUAUGAGAAUGUGCUGGAGCAGGAGCUUGGCAUCAGUAUUUUCAAAGAUCCCUAGGUGAUUUCAAUGUGUAUCUAAGUUUGGUAACCGCUAUUUUCUUGUAUUUCCACUCUGUCCCUUAAUUGUUUUCCUUCCUAUUUCACUUUCAUUAAAUAGAAAACUACAAGAAAAAAAUUGUCUCAGUUAAAAUAGCCAGAUCAUAUUUUUACAUAUGUGCGUCUCAUAAUCGGUAUGAGUUGGAAUAAAAUUCAUAUAGGCUUCAAAGGAUUAAUAACUCUAAAAGUGAAAAAGUAAAAAAAUUUCUCCUAAAGCAAUUCUUAGAUCCAAAUUUACACUCCCCCACAGAUCUGCUUUUAUUCUCAAAAAGAGUAAUUACAUUGACAUAACAAAUGUCCAUUGAGGCUGGCAAAUUUCUACUCAGCCUAAAAAACGCAUUCCAAAUUCCAAGAGCAAAAGUUUUGAUUUUCCUUAAAAAUCUUUAAAAAUAAGUAGCAAAGUGCAUUCUACAUGUCUAGUCAAUGCAAAAUAGGUUUGAUGUAAAGAAGUUUUAAAUUUGAUCAAAAUGAAAAGAUAAUUAAUACAGGACUGGCCUUAUAAAAAAAAAUCAUUAUUCCAGAUAAGGUCAUAAUCACUGUUUUAAAAGAUUAAAAUAAGAGACCUAAACAUGCAAUAAUGCCAAGUGUCAAGAAAAUUGCCACUGUAACACCAUCUCAUUACUUUAAUGGAAAAACACAAGUAUCCAUGACAUUUACCUCUUUAGAAAUGAUUUAUACAAAUAAGUAGGUGUUGGGGAUUUUUUGCUGAAACUUUACUUCAUUUAGCAAUAAUAUCUAGAGAAUAUUUUGAAUUUCAUUGGAAUAUAUUCAUAGAAAGUGUCAAGGUGUCUGCCAUGCCAUGUUUGUUCUUGCUUUCCCCAAGUUAAGAAAUAUAGAGCAAGUCCUGCUAGCGUGAGUUUGAAACUAUUAAGAAAACAGGCUUUUUGAAAUCAAGUGUAGACCCAAAGGCUAAUUUUGCAUAAUGUUUAUAUUUUUAGACUUAAGAAAUCAGCACCUAUUUAGCACCUUGAUACCUUCUGCAUCACUAUUCAUUUUUCUGUUAUUUCUUACUUGCUUGCUUCUUAAUUCUUCAUAGAAAAAAUUAAAAUUAGUCAGCCAACUAAGUGAUUAUAACAAAACAUCCAAAACAAUAAUUUAGAAACAUCUAGUAAAUUAGAAUUGGCUUUCCAAAUUUUGGUAAUUAAUAGCUUAUUGAGAAUUAAAAUCAACUUGAUGUUACUUAGACAGGAGGAAAUGGAACAGCAAUGAGAUUAGGUAUCUAUUUUCUUACCUGUAAAAAUGCUGCCCUUUCUCAAAUUGCUUUAUUUCUCUCCUACCCCAUUAAUAUAGCUAGAAGAGCCCCUUCAACUGCCACAAAAUGUAAUUCUCCUAGAUGACUAGGAUAUCCUCCAACUCAGUAUCAUACCAAACCACACUGUGUUUGGGUAACAGCACCCAAAAUGCUGCUAAAAAGCUACCUCAUGUUAAGAAAAUAUUGACUUCAAAACAUAUCUAACAACUGAGGAUCUAUUUCUAAACCAUAGUUUUCAAAGGUGAAAUGUAAAUUAUAUUAUAACUAUGUAUUAAUAAUAGCUAUGCAGGAAGUUAGUUUUUCUUUUACUUUAAGGGUCUUUUUCAAGAAAAUCAUAUUCUUUCACUUAGAAGCAAAAUGUUACAUCAGUGUAAUUUUCAAUUUACAUUAAUUUUUGGUAUAUUUUAAAUGAUUCUAUUUUAUAAUUCUGUCUUGGACCACUGAGCCAUGGUUAGAAUCCACAUAGACAGGGUGCCAUUUGUAGAAUGAAGUAUAAUAAAGAAAGUUAAUAUUUUCUUUGCA